UCGUCGCUAAGAGGAACGAGGAAAACUACUUCCAGGUCAUGUAAACGGGUGUCCACGUGAGUUAUCAAAGCGCACGAAGUGGAUUCCGAUGAGGACGUGAUGUUUGUUUCCGAAAAGACUGCACCUAAAUUUCAAAAGAUUACUGUUGAGCAGGCAAAGCGAUUGGUUCUGCAGAGAGACAUUGAUCAGGAGUCCCUGCCCAGGCAGCCAGUCAAAUCCUUGACAAGCCAGAGGUCGGUUGCUGUGGAGAGGCCAGUGGAAAAGGUGAAAAUGAAGGUGGAGGAAGACAAGCGUGGGGAGAAUCAUAUAAAGAAGGAGAAGAAACACAAGGCUCUGGGACAGGCCUCUGUGCUUGAAAACAAAAACUGUAACGUUGAUGUUGGGAGCCUAGCAGAUGGAAAAAAAGAAAAGAAGAAGAGCAAAAAGGUUGAGACAGAAGAGGAGCCACGGGAUGUAAGUGGUGGGAAGAAGGAGAAAAAGAAGAAAAGGAAAAUUGUCAAUGAAUCUCAGAAUGAUGCCAAUGCCAAAGAUGCCAAAGAUGAAGGAGUCAGCAAAAAGAAGAAGAAGCAACAGCAGCUGGCUGAUGAUAUCAAUCAAAUGGAAAUUGCACAGAUUUCAGUAAAAGAAGAUGUGGAAAAGAAACAAAGGAAGAAGAAAGUAAAGAACAAGACUGUACAAAUUAUAGGUGAAAAUGUUAACAUACAGAAAGAAGAGGAAGAAGUACAGCAAGCUGGAAAGGAUGAAGUGCCAAAGAAAGCCAAGAAAGUGAAAAACAAAAUAGCUGUAAGCACUGAGGAGCAAAGUAAAGAGAAGAAAAGAAAGAAGACCAAAUCCACAGAGGAAGAGACUACUGCAGCUAUUGAUGGAAUAACUGUAAGAAAAAAGAAACCUAGAGUGGGUAAGAAUGAAGGGACGUUAGAAACACUAGAGGGAGAGACUGAGGUUGAGGAGGUAAAAAAGAAAAAGAGGACAAAGAAAGAGGCCAAAUUUAAAGAAGAUGAAAAUGGAGUAGAAAAACCUGAGAUCAAAGGCAAGAAAAAAAAGAGCAAAGCAGCAUCGGGAAAAGUGGAGAGUGAGAUUGUCAUUGUAGAAGAGAAGACAGAGCAAAGGAAAAAAGGAAAAAAAGAAAAAUAUAGAAAAGCUUCUGUGGAGGUCAGCGAAGUAGAGGAGACAGAGCCGAAGAAAAAGAAGAAGAAAAAGGAAAAUAAAAAAGGAAAAGAAGAGCCAUUAUUAAUCAAAUGUGAAGAAAAUGAGGAGAAUGGACUCAGUAGGGAAACUCCUGUCGCAGUGGAAGGUGAUGGAACAAGCAAGAAAAGCAAAAAGAAGAAAAGCUCUGUUCAGGCUGAGAACAACUUUAGAGUUGAAAGUGGUACGAAAAAGAAGAGAAAGAUCAAAGGAGAGGUGGAAGACCAACAGGAGUCUUCCCAAGAGGACGUGGUGUUUCUGUCAGAGAGGUGUGGAAACACUGAUGAGAUCUUCAUCAGCCAGGGGAGAAGACAGGCUCUACAAAUGGAGAUUGACAAGGCCUCUCAACCUGAAAAACCAGCUAAACCUUCGGGAUUGGGUCAGUGGAGCACAGCCCAGUUCAACAGCUCUGAACAGCAGCAGAAAUUCCUACGCUUGAUGGGCGGCUUCAAAAAGGGUUUCCAGCCAGCUGCGAGCACUGGAGGAGGAAAUAUGGCCAUGGGGAAAGACGCACAGCAGCAGUUACAGCAAGGGCUUCUGGGAGAGUUUGAACGCGCUCACUCACGCAGAAUGGACUUCAGUAACAGGGGGGCAGGACUUGGCUUUACUGCACCGUCCAAUAAGAAGUUCUCUAUUGACGUCAAUGCAUGUCGAUCUGUGCGCUUUGACGACUGAUAAAAGUGCGAUUGAAAGGUUUUUUUUUAAUUAUGUGUAGUUUUAACUGUUGGGUCACUGUUUACACUGUGAAGCUGUAACGUGUUCUCCUAAUUUCACUUUUUCUCUUUUAAAGACAUUACAGACUAAGAAUUUUUAACCCUGUAAUGACUUUAUUCUAAUGAUGGCAAAAAAGUGAAUACUGACAUAAUAUGCAGUGUUAGGUGGCACACUGAUUUUAUCCAUGCUGUUGUUACACAUUUAACUGUCCAAUAUUUUUUGUGACAGAAAGGUUAGUAAGCACGUUAAUUAAUGUGCAAAGAGAAAGAAUCCUCAUGAUGUUU